AUGGUUGUCUCUCGCAUUGGUUGCUCAAACAAGGAGUGCAAAGAUGCCGGCAUCAAGAUCACGAAGGGAGAAUUUCGCUAUGCCAUCCAGAUCACCAUCAACGAGCAUACAAGCUGGCAGUACAGGCAUUGGGGAUGUGUUACGCCCAAGCAAAUUGCGAAUCUGAUCGAGAGCUCAGGCGGCGACACAGACAUGGUUGACGGCUUCGACGAAGUUCCUGCUGAGUACCAGGAGAAGGUCACGUUUGCCCUAGAAAACGGCCACGUUCCCGAUGAGGACUGGAAGGGUGAUGUCGAGGUGAACCGACCUGGCAAGAACGGUUUCCGUGUCAAGGCCACCAAGAAGAAGGCCAAGAAAGACGACGAAGAUGACGAUGCCGAAGAGAAGUCCAACAAGAAGCGUAGUCGCAAGGCCAAGGACGCCGAUGAUGACGAGGACGAAGCCCCUGCGCCCAAGAAAGCCAGGGCUAAGAAGGUCGCAAAGAAAGAAGCAGACGACAGCGAGGAAGAGGUCAUUCCCGCAAAGAAGGCUCGUGGCAGGAAGCCCGCGAAGCAAGAGAAUGCCGAUGAGGAAGAAAAGGAAGUCCCAGCGGCAAAGAAGCCACGAGUCAAGAAGGCUGCCAAGAAAGAAGACGAUGAAGAAGCAGAAGCUCCAGUCCCCGCUGCAAAGCGAGGUAGGCCCAAGAAGGCUGCGCCCGUGGCAGAGGUCGAGGACGAGGACGUUGAAGAGACUGAAGAGGCUCCCAAGCCAAAGCGAGGCAAGAAGACCGCCGCUGAUGGCGAGGUCAAGGCCACAGCCAAGAGGGGCAGACCCAAGAAGACUGCCGACGAGUAGGCUACGGUUUUCAGCCCGCUUGACACGUGUUGUCUUGUCGCUUUCGAUUCGCUCAGCACUUUCAAUGUUCCUCCGACGGUAUCCACGUGAGAUUUAUCACGUCGGGUGCCCCAAAAUCGUCGAAGACCAGUUCAUAUAAUAUAGAUACCCCUCAGAAGUAGUUCAUGCGCCGAUGCGUAUCAAAAGUCUUUACGUUCUACUUGA